CGUCAACAGGACAAAAUGUGUAAUGAGUGCGAGAGUUUACGAAAAAAAUACCCUCGAACCCCGCCGCUUGGGAACAAGCGUCUUGGAAAAUGGCGAUCGAAAUUGAGUCGGCAGAGUACGUACACAAAAAGUUUUGUUGUUUUUAGCGGUGUCGUUCGUCUGAUACAACAGUACCUAAAAGAAAGCAACCUGAGCCGCACACUCCAAGUUCUGCAGGAAGAAACGUCGAUUUCUUUGAACACCGUCGACAGCGUGGACAGCUUUGUGCAAGACAUUCACAGCGGUCACUGGGAUACAGUCCUCAAAGUUGUCCAGUCGCUGAAACUUCCAGACAAGAAAUUGAUCGACCUCUAUGAACAGGUGGUGCUGGAGCUCAUCGAGCUGCGAGAGCUGGGUGCAGCUCGAUCCCUGCUAAGACAGACAGACCCCAUGAUCAAGCUGAAACAGGAGGAGCCCGAGAGAUACAUCCAUCUGGAGAACCUGCUGGCUCGCUCAUACUUCGACCCCCAAGAGGCAUACCCAGGUGGCAGCAGCAAGGAGCGGCGCCGCACGGCCAUUGCCCAAGCCCUGUCCGGGGAGGUGAGCGUGGUACCCCCCUCGCGCCUGCUGGCCCUGCUGGGCCAGGCCCUUAAGUGGCAGCAGCACCAGGGGCUGCUGCCCCCCGGCAGCACCCUGGACCUGUUCCGGGGCAGGGCCGCCCUCAGGGAGCAGGAGGACGAGCGCUUCCCCACACAGCUCGCUCGCAUCAUCAAGCUGGGGCUCAAGGCCCACAUCGAGUGCGCCCGCUUCUCCCCCGACGGCCAGUUCCUCGUCACAGGCUCCGUGGACGGCUUCCUCGAAGUCUGGAACUUUACCACGGGCAAGAUACGCAGGGACCUCAAGUACCAGAGCCAGGACAACUUCAUGAUGAUGGAUGACGCAGUCCUCUGCAUCUGCUUCAGCAGGGAUUCCGAAAUGCUGGCCUCGGGGAGUCAGGAUGGCAAAAUAAAGGUGUGGAAGAUCCAGACCGGGCAGUGCCUACGGCGCUUUGAGCGUGCCCACUCCAAGGGAGUGACCUGCCUGUCAUUCUCGAGGGACAGCAGCCAACUCCUCAGUGCCUCGUUUGACCAGACCAUCAGGAUCCAUGGGCUCAAGUCCGGGAAGCUCCUCAAGGAGUUCCGCGGCCACACGUCGUUUGUGAACGACGUCAUCUUCACGCCCGAGAGCAACCACCUGCUGAGCGCCAGCUCGGACGGCACCGUCAAGCUGUGGAGCGUCAAGAGCACCGAGUGCUUGAGCACCUUCAAGUCCCUCGGGGCUGCAGGGGGCAGCGGCAUCGGCACGGACAUCACGGUAAACUCCAUCCACGCCUUGCCCAAGAACCCGGAGCACUUUGUCGUCUGCAAUCGGUCCAACACUGUCUCCAUCAUGAACAUGCAGGGCCAGAUUGUGCGCAGCUUCUCAAGUGGGAAACGAGAAGGAGGGGACUUUGUCUGCUGUACCCUGUCACCGAGGGGAGAGUGGAUCUACUGCGUGGGGGAAGAUUUCGUCCUCUACUGCUUCUCGACAGUGUCUGGGACACUGGACAGGACACUAACGGUUCACGAGAAGGACGUCAUUGGCAUCAGUCACCACCCUCACCAGAACCUGAUUGCCACCUACAGUGAAGAUGGCCUGGUGAAGUUGUGGAAGCCAUGAACCAAAUCUGUAAAUAAACUGCAUAUUGUGGUCAUCACAACCAAA